GUCAUGUGUGGUGGACAGCUGUGGUGAUCACUUCGCGCUCAGCAGCUCGGACAGAAACUGAACAUCUGAGGAGAGAAAAGCAGCUGUGGAUCAGUGAUGCCGUCUGGAUCAGAUCCUCCGGGAUCUGGAGUGAAGUCAGUCAGGAGAUCUCCUCGUCUGUCCCCUCAGGACACGAGCAGCAAUAAAGGAGACGAAGAAAAGAAAGGAGAGAGCAGCCUGCAGAAGGCGAAGAGGAAAGGAAGGAUGGAGCGAAGCAGAGAGGAGCGAGAAGACGAGCUGGAGGUCAAACUGCAGCAGCUGGAUCUCUCCAGCAGAGCAGCAGCCACUGGGACCGGUCUGGUUUACACUGAGACCUUCACUCACCAUAAGAACCUGUGGGAGCCAAAUCAUCCCGAGAGUCCCGACAGAGUGACGUUCAUCAUGAAGGAGCUGGAGAGACAAGAGCUGCUGUCUCACUGCGUCAGAGUCGAGCCCAGAGAAGCGACAGAAGGAGAGCUGCUGCUCGCUCACAUGAAACAUUACAUUGACCUGAUGAAGUCGACUCAGACGAUGUCGGAGAGUGAACUUCACACUCUGUCUGACAAAUACGACUCCAUUUACCUCCAUCCUGAGUCCUUCAAGGUGUGUUUGUUAGCGGUGGGUUCGGUCCUGCAGCUGGUCGAUCAGGUCAUGACCUCUCAACUCAGAAACGGAUUCGCGGUUGUCAGGCCUCCAGGGCAUCACGCUCAGUGUAACGAGUCAAACGGUUUCUGUGUUUUCAACAACGUGGCGAUCGCAGCUCGUUACGCUCAGACCAAACACAAAGUCAGCAGGGUGUUGAUAGUGGACUGGGACAUUCAUCACGGUCAAGGCAUCCAGUAUCAGUUCCAGGAAGACCCAAAUGUCCUCUACUUCAGUGUCCACAGGUUCGAGCAGGGAGCUUUCUGGCCUCACCUCCCAGAGUCCGACUGUCACUUUGUCGGCAGCGGACGAGGCGAAGGACGAAACAUCAACCUUCCCUGGAACCAAACGGGGAUGACCGACGCUGAUUACAUCUCAGCUUUCCAACAAUUACUGCUGCCUGUCGCCCACGAGUUUCAGCCGCAGCUGGUUCUGGUCUCUGCCGGCUUUGAUGCUGCAGUCGGAGAUGAAAAGGGUGAGAUGUGUGUGAGUCCUCAGUGUUUCCAGGUUCUGACUCACAUGUUGAUGAGUUUGGCUGAAGGUCGACUCGUUCUCGCUCUGGAGGGAGGUUAUAACCUGCAGUCGACAGCAGAGGGCGCUGCAGCCUGCGUCAGAGCUCUGCUUGGAGGAGCCUGUCCUCCUCUGACUCCGCCCACCGCUCCAUGUGAGAGCGCUCUGCAGUCCAUCUCUAAGACCGUCUCAGCUCUUUAUCCAUAUUGGGCCUGUCUGCAAGUCCUGGAAGGCGUCCCGUUGACACAGGGCCGCGUCAGCAGAUCAACAGCCAACAAGGAGAGCACGCAGACGACCAGCCCUGCCGAAUCUGUUGCCACGACAACGGGCCUGGUGUACGAUGAGAGGAUGAUGGAGCAUCAGAACAUGUGGGACAGACAUCAUCCCGAACAGCCGCAGAGAAUCUUCAAGAUCUUCUCCAAACAUCAGCAGCUGGGAUUGGUCGACCGUUGCCAACGGAUACCAGCGCGUUUGGCAACUGAGGAGGAACUCGCCAUGUGUCACAGUAUGCCACACAUCAAGCAAAUGAAAUCCACAGCGGAGAUGAAGCCCAGAGAUUUGAACAAACUGGGAAACGAGUUCAACUCCAUCUACAUCAACAACCAGAGCUUCCAGUCCGCUCUGCUGGCUGCUGGGAGCUGCUUCAACGCCGUGGAGACGAUAAUGACCGGACAGGUGAGUAACGGCGUGGCAAUCGUUCGUCCUCCCGGUCAUCACGCAGAGAGAGACUCCCCUUGCGGUUUCUGCUUCUUCAACACGGCGGCACUCGCUGCCCGCUACGCCCAGAAAAUCUCCCACAAUCCACCGCUGCGAGUCCUCAUCCUGGACUGGGACGUUCACCACGGCAACGGGACGCAGCACAUGUUCGAAGAUGACGACAGCAUCCUCUACAUCUCCCUCCAUCGCUAUGACAACGGGGUGUUUUUCCCGUCGUCAGAGGAUGCCGCCCCGGACAAGGUGGGCGUGGCCAAGGGGACGGGGUUCAACGUCAACGUGGCGUGGAGUGGCGGUCGGAUGGGCGACCCUGACUACCUCGCUGCCUUCCACCACGUUGUCAUGCCAAUCGCUACCGAGUUUAACCCCGGGCUGGUUCUGGUGUCUGCUGGAUUCGACGCCGCACGUGGGGAUCCGCUGGGUGGAUAUAAUGUGACUCCGGAGGGAUACGCUCACCUCACGAACAUGCUGAUGUCACUGGCGGGGGGGCGAGUUCUGCUUAUACUGGAGGGAGGUUACAACUUGUCGUCCAUCUCUGACUCCAUGGCGAUGUGCACCAGCAUGUUGCUCGGCGACCCACCUCCCUCCCUGGUGACACCCCUCCCCCCUCCUCACCACAGCGCCGUAGCAACGAUCAACGAAGUCAUCCGACAUCAUGCCCCCUACUGGAGGUCGCUGAGGUUAAACAUCCCAGAAUCCGUCCGGGCUUCGCUGCCCUCCCCAAAGCAUCGUGGGAAACGUCCAUCUAAAGGAAAAGGCAGGAGGUCGGAUCAGAGCAGCACGGACAAACCACCGCUGCCUCGUUCAGGACAAGAGGCGGACUCCAGUCUGGAGCAGCUAACUCAGGGAUUGGCCAGUUUGGACAUCACUCAAACUUCUUCCAAUCCCGCUUCCACUGCGUCGACCCCGGUGGGCGGGGCCAGACCAAAGGCCCGCCGCAGCGUAGAGAAGGUCGCCUGUGAGAAUGAAGUGAAGACGGAGCCGAGUGAAGUGAAGACGGAGCCGAGUGAGGUGAAGACGGAGCCGAGUGAGGUGAAGACGGAGCCGAGUGAGGUGACACCCGAGAAGAGCCAAUCAGCAGAGAGCACGCAGCCUCAGCCUGUUGCCGUGGCGCCGUCAGAAUCUGUUGCCGUUGGAGACGAGGCUGCAGCUGGAGCAGAGGCGGAGCCAGAGCCAGAGGGGGCUUGUGGUUGGACGAAGCCUCAGAGCGCUUUUGAGCUGACGUGUCAAGUUCAGAUGGACGGAGCCCCCAUGUUCGUGGUGGACCCGCUGUCCUGGUGUCCUCACCUGGAUGCAGUGAAGUCGCUCCCUCCCUCCGGUAUAGACGUCUUCCAGUCGUGUCAUGACUGCGGCUCCGUGGCCGAGAACUGGAUCUGUCUUACAUGCUACCAGGUGUUCUGUGGGCGGUACGUCAACGAGCACAUGGUGAUUCACGGUACCGUGUCUGAACACCCGAUGGUCCUCAGCUUCUGUGAUCUGUCUGCGUGGUGUUACCUGUGUGAGUCGUAUGUGCACAACCAGGUUCUGUUCGAAGCUAAAAACGCUGCUCAUUUUGCCAAAUUUGGAGAGGAGAUCCCUCCGUGGAGCUAAGAGGAGGAAAAGGAGGGAAAGGAGGAAGAGGAGGAAGAGGAGGACGGUGUAAAAAACCUUGAAAGCUGUCUGUUUUUCUUGCUUGUUUUCUGUCUCUCUUCCUUCAGCAGCAGGAGAUUGGUUUGGAGACGGUUGUACUGUUGCCAUGGAUACUGCAGCUAGCAGCAAUGGUGCUUUGUGGUUGAAUGUAGUUGAAUCAGUCGACAACUACGGCAUCCCACAACUGCCAAAAAAAGAACAAAAAACCCAAACAAACUCACAUGCAAGAACAGAACAAAAAAAACGAAAAAUUGUAUUUAUGUUUUUUUUUUUUUUUAAACUGCGGCUUGGUGCUAAUUAUCAUCGUCAUCAGCAGGACAUCGGUUCGAUUCCCUGACAGUGUGACCAAUCACCAGCGGCCUUUGGACGGUUUUUAUUUCGGGAAAAAAAUUCUGAUCAGAAACAAAGUUUAUCAGGAAAAGACUCUUUAAAUAUCGUCAACAGAAGACGAAGAAGAAAAAAGAAGAUGAAGAAGAGGAGUCCUGCUUCACCGAGCAAGUUUUAGCAUGAGGUCACAGAGAAAAGCCCGCCCACAAACUGCUCGCUGCUACGUCAUUUAAAGCACAGCAGAGUGAAGAAGAAAAGCUUGAUAUAUAUAUAUAAUACUGGAAACAUUGAUCGGAGAUGUACAUAACUCAUCUGCAGAUUUCUUCACUUGUUUU